AUGCAGCGUUCAUCGUUACGACGUAAAAGCAAGAUCACAACAAUGCUGUUUGUGUUUGAGAUAUUCAUUCUUACAAUGUAUGUCGUGUUUGUUGAUUAUGGUGAAGAACUCUUGCCAGUCGAUCCACCCGAUAAAAAUCAUGAUCAUGAAAAUGAUCCAAUUAGGUUAAAUGGUAAGUAAACUUGUUAUUUAUCUUACCACCUAUUAUAAAUAGUCUCGUAUGAUUUAUGCACAUUUCACCGAUGGGUUCUCUAUUUAAACUGGAGUAUUUAUACAGUAUUUUUGGUAAAUUGUUCAUGCGAUAAGAUAUUCUUGAUUGUUUUUCUUCAACAAGUAGAGCCUCACACAAACAUUAAUUUGGUUGCUCCUCACCCAAAAUAUUCAGGCAAAAUAUCAAUUUCAUAUAAAAACAAUAACAACCUAAUUAUAGAGUUACAACUACUAAAUAUACAUGAAGAAUAAUAAUAUUAUCUAAUUAGCAUUAACCAAACUUCUUUGUCAGCAGUAAUAGCUACAUCGUCCCACAAUUAUAUCUCUAAAGCCUGCCUUAUAUAUUCGGUAUAUUGACUGUAUAAAUAUGAUAUUUCUAAUUGUCUUGAUCCGGCUUUUGCACUUCACUUGUGUUAAAACUGACUAUUGAAAUAGAUGGAUAAUUUAAGAGACGAUAUAUAUGCAGUUUUUAUACCUAACCAGGGACGGGGUCAAAACUAAAGUUCUGACCGCAGAACUUUGGGUUUGAUUUUUUGACUCCCCCCCACACACACACAAUAAGCAUGCCUGGCGUACACCCUACCUCAGAUUCCCCCAACCUCUUUCUCCCAAGGACACAUAGAGUUUUAGUACACAUAGAGUUUUAGCUAGCAAUUAUAUCCCUGUUCUGACUAGCGUUAGCUAAAAGGAUUUAACGGCAAAUGUCGUUUUAUGUUUAGCAUUUGAUGACGUUCAUGUAAUGGUGUUCGUUGGUUAUGGUUUUCUGAUGAUAUUUCUGAAGAGAUAUGGUUUUAGUGGUUUAGGGUAUAACUUUAUUGUUGGGACCGUGGCAAUUCAAUGGUCGGUGGUCAUGGAGGGAUUUUUUGAUCUCAAAGAUUCCAAGAUACAACUCACUGGAGACAGGUAGACAUAAAGACAUUCCCUGUGUCUAUAAUAUAAUAAUAUCAAUUUUUUUUGGUGUCACCAACUAAACUAAAGAAAAAGGUUGGAUUGAUAGGGAUUACAACUACCUGAAAAAUACAAGGAGAACUUUUCAAGUCGUAUCCCUAUCAAUCCGUUCAACUAAACUUUUCUGGACUAAUUUUAUUUAUCCUGAAUAGCUCUCUCAGUUCUAUCAUGAGUAAACCAUUUACCAAGUCAAAUUCGAGUCAAUCCCGAGUCACGUAAAAAAAGACGAAACUGCAUGAAUAAAAUUCACAAUCGAAUAGGGUUAGGAGUAGGGUUAGGGUACUAAGUCAUUGAACUACAAAGACCGCUAAACAGUGACUCUGGACAUUUGACUCGGGUUUGGAUUUGACUCAACCAACAAACUCGUUCUACCAUUGACCAUAAACAUGGUUUCUUCAAACAUUCUUGAAAAUAGUAAAUUUCUUGUCGUUGUCCAAUAUGUACAAAAUACUCUAUUUUCGUUAUAGUGUAAUCAAAGCGGAGUUCGCUACCAACGCAGUUCUGAUCACUCUUGGUGUAAUCCUGGGCAAGGCUAGUCCUAUACAGCUGUUCCUGAUCACUGUCAUAGAAGUGUUUCUGUACUCAAUAAACAGAGGUGUAUGCGAGCAUAUAUUAGAAGCAGUAGAUCCGGGGGGAGCGAUCUAUAUCCAUGUAUUUGGUGCAGUAUUUGGAUUGGGUGUGGCGAAGAUGAUCUUUAAUCCACGUUCUGUUGCUCACGAAGAAGAGAUAUCGCAAUACCAUUCGGAUCUCUUUUCCAUGUUGGGUAAGUGGAAAAUGUACCAUAAUGUUUAUGGUGUUAGCCCUAAUAUUUUUCUCUUUUGUAAUUAAACUAAACUAAACUCGUUCUAAACCAGAUUUACGUUCGAGAAUUCCAUGUGAAACAAAUUACAGGAAUCAAACCUGGGUGAAACAGUGAUUUUUCACAUAUGACAGUUGUGCCCGUUCACGAAAGUACUGGAAUUCGAACAUUCAUCAUAACUUACUAUUUCACCAAAAUGAUUGGAUUUAAUUUGACCACGUGAAAUGACUAUUCUUGCACUGCAGUCGACAAUAAGUGGGAAUAGUUAGAAUAUUUAAGUUACAUUAUUUUAUUGUGCCGUUCACGAAAGAACUGGAUGAGUUCAUCUAAUGUUAUUUAUUUCUACAGGAACGCUAUUCUUAUGGGUCUACUGGCCUGGUUUCAAUUCUUCGCUACUACUUGGUCACAUAAAGCAUAGAGCAAUCAUCAAUACAUAUUUUGCCCUAGCAGCAAGCUGUGUUACUGCAUUCGCUUGCUCAACAGUUUUAACGCGAGAAUCCAAAUUUAGUAUGGUAUGUCUUUGUUAUGCCUUUUCAUGUUCGUUUCCUAGUGUUACAUCUUUUCUUCCGUGGGUGAAGGGUGGACGUAGAGCAGGAGAGUUUCUUUCUUUCUUUCUUUCUUAAUGCAAGUGUUUUCACUGUAGGUCCAUAUUCAAAAUGCAACGUUGGCAGGUGGAGUGGCUGUUGGUGCUAUAUCUCAUAUGAUAAUUCAUCCUUGGGGUGCAGUGUUAAUAGGUCUGAUAGCUGGAGCGUCCUGUACUGCAGGCUACGAAUAUUUCCAGGUGAGUGAAUGUCAAGAGAGAAUUAUAUGGACUGAUUUUAGUCACUUCUUGGAAACUGUUUUUGUUAAUUACAUGCCAGAUUCUACAAUAGUUGUGUCCCUGUUUCUGAAAGCCUGAACCGGGAACAGAAACCUUGUUCAGUAUGUACAUGUGAUAGUUUAGCAUUCCAUGAGAUCAUGGGUCAGAGCACUGGUUCAUGAAAACCUUAUGUUUCGAUUCAUUGGGACAAUCUGGUUGGAAAUCAUAACUUAAUAUUUCACCAAAAUGAUUCGAUUUAAUUUGACGACCUUAGAUUACUAUUAUGAUGUCACUGCAGCUGACAAUAAGUGGGAUUAGUUAGAAUAUUUUAUGUUAUGUUCUUUUGUUCAUCUAUUGUGCUAUCUUUCCCCAGCCCUGGUUGAUCAAACAGUUCAGUAUGCAUGAUACAUGUGGUGUUACAAGUCUUCAUGGUAUACCUGGCAUACUGUCCGCAAUAUGUAGCGUGGUUAUUGCUGCUAUCGCUGAUUAUCCUCAGUAUAAGAACAGGUAUUAUCUUUGUACAUAUUACUAAUCCUUGAUUGUAAAGCAUUGAAGGUUCAUAAUAGAGUACCUGUAAGUGAGUUUCAGUAAGUUUUUGACCACUUUUAUGUCAAAUAUCAUUCCAAAAAUUGCCAUUCUUAUUCUCAAUCCUCUUUCCUUAGUUUAUACAAAAUUUAUCCUGCACGAGCACCAGCUAUGAACUCAACAGAUUAUCUAGAACUAAGACAGCAUUCAACAGAUAUCAGUGCCGGUCAGGGAAGAUCAGCAAAUAUUCAAUGUGGUAUUCAGGUAGCAGCUUUGAUGAUCACUUUGGCGAUAUCUAUUGCUGGCGGACUUUUUACUGGUUCGUAUUAGAGAUUACAGACUUACCACCAUGUAUUUAAAUCUAAACUUAAACUAACUUUACUUAUACUAUAUAAAUGAUCUACGUUUCUUCAAGGGUUGAUCGCUAGGUUGAAAUUUUUUGAUCCUCUGGAUGAAAAAGAUUUUUAUUUGGACGCACCAUAUUGGGAGGUGAGAGUAUUGAAAUAGUAUAAAACGUACGUUCAACAGUCGUGGUUUGUGUCUGUACUGGACCAAUGCGUGUUUAUUAUAUCCGAUUUUCAUAUUUACGUCUUUCUCAGGUGCCAGAUGAUUUUGUUGAGGCAGCUCCACAGAUUCUUAUUCCUCAAGUUCCAGGCGUAGCGUUGACGGAACAAGAUGAUGAAGAUGAUGAUGAUGAUGAAGAAUAUGGAGAAGAAGAAGGUGAAUAUGGAGAAGAAGGGGAAACUAUUGCCUUGAACAAAAGUAUUGAUUUCUCUCACGCACUGGUUUAA